AUGGAGUUCACAAGCCUACAGGCAGCUUAUGACUACUACAAGAAUACGGUCGCAUCAAGGGAUUCUCAGUCAGGAGGUCCAAGGUGGGUCGCAGAACAAAGCAGGGGGCGGAGGGCAAAAUCAUUUGGCAGAUAUUUGUGUGCUCGAGGGAAGGAGAGCGAGACGGAAAUCACAUGCAGCGGGAAGACAAGAAGAUGGAUCCUCGACCGAUCACGCGGUGCGGGUGUGAAGCCUGGAUUAAGGGGUCAGUCGCAGUCACACAGAGUAGUCAAGGAAGGCGAUUUACACCAAAUCAAUUCCAUGAGAAAAUUUGGGAUGCGGGUGCCGACAAUUUUCCGCGCCUUUGCCAAUCAGUUAGGGGGAUUCGAGACUGUUGGGUUCGAGAUAAAGGACAUAUAUAAUGCGAUAGAGAAGCAAAGGCGGGCUGGCGCGACAGAUGCUGAGGCCGCGUUGAAGUUCUUAGGAACUCUAAAGACCACUGAUUCUAGGAUGUUCUGGAAGUACUCGCUGGAUGUUGACAAUAGGCUGGAACAUCUCUUCUGGUGCGAUGGUACAAGUCGUUAUGACUACAGCGUGUUCAGGAAUGUCCUGGGAUUUGAUGCAACGUACGGUCGUAACAAAUACAAGUGCCCUUUGGUAAUAUUCUCAGGGGUGGACCAUCAUAUGAGGACGGUGGUGUUCGGUUGCGCCAUCUUGAGCAACGAAAGUGAAGGAAGCUAUGUGUGGUUGUUGCGGGCAUUUCUUGAGGCAAUGAAAGGAAAACAGCCGAACUGGUAUUUGUUAAGGAACGCCACUGCUAGAGUUGGACGGCUGGGAUUUCUUAAGAAAUUCUGUCUAUGCUUGAUGGGAGAUCUAGAGGUUGACGAAUUUGAGAGAAUAUGGACGGACAGCGUGGCAAACCACGGGUUAGAAUAUCAUUCGCGGAUAGCGGAGAUGUAUGCAAAGAAGUAUUCAUGGUCUAAUGCGCAUAUCUGGGAGAAAUUCUUCACAAGACUGAAGACGACAUCGAAAUGCGAGGCCUUGAAUAUGCAGCUUGAAAAUUUUAUACACAACGGGAUCUAA